AUGCCACUUGUAAAUAACAAAGUGAGUGAUGAAUGCACUGUCAGCACAGACAAAUCUUUGACUGAUGCGAAAGCUCUGGUGGAGUCCCUGAUUAAGGUGGUAGCAUGUCACCGUCACCUGGCCUCAUGUGUGGGGGGCUGUACAGACUCUCUCCACCUCCGGGAUGAGCUCAGACAAACCCGGGAGAGGGCCCUGAAGCUCGCCAUGACCAUCUGCACCCACCUGACCAAAUCUCUGAGGGAUAAGAGCCUGCCCCCAGACCAUCGCCGCCACUGUGAGCUGCUCUGGGUGGGCUUCUCCUCCAGCCUCGAGCUCCUGCACGUCGAUAUGUGCAAGGUCUUCAAGAUGGCCGACAGUUUCACGCUGGCCAAUAACAUCUCUCUGGUGCAGACAGGAUUACAAGGAGGAGGGAGUGAGGUGGCUGCCAGAGCUUUGAGUUUGCCAGACCUGCACCAGGCAGAGAGCAUAGUGCUCCCUGCUGGUCUGGAGGGACAGGAGCGCUGCAGCCUGGAGCAGGACAUCAGCCGAAUGGACCACAUGAUCGAGGACAUGGAGACCAAGGUGAACGUGCUGCGCUGGAUGGUGGAGCCACAGGGGGCGCUGUUGCCUGUGGGCAGCACUGACAGCUUGUCUAUGGCCUUUCUGUCUGUGGAUGAGGAGUGUUCCGGGACAGAGGGGGAGGGACCCAAACGCCUGUGCCAGCGCAGUCAUGUGUUUGCACUUAUCCUGCUCUGUGUGAUGGUUGCCGUGGCAACCACUCUGUCCAUCUGCAUAGUCCUCUUCACCUGA